UCCCUGUUCCUGUAUAAAGAAGGCAGCGGGUUUUUUUUACACCAUGUACCCGUUGCCCUGGAGUGGUGGCGAUCGGAGACCGGGCUUCUACGACAACAGCUCGGUGCUGUUGAGGAACGCCAAUUUUCACCACAACCCCGCAGUCCCUAAACUUCCCCAGCCUCGUCCCGGCGCCGGGCUGUUCGAGGACCCGCACUUCCCCGCCGACAACUCGUCCCUGCACGGCCCGGGAGGAGCUUCUCGCUUCAACGUCGCUGUAUCCAGCUGGAAGCGACCUCAGGAAAUCUGUGCCAGGCCUCAGUUUGUGGUUGAUGGGACCACCAGAGCUGACAUCUGCCAGGGAGCCUUGGGCGACUGCUGGCUCCUGUCUGUCAUCACUUGCCUCAGUCUCAACAAGGAUGUCAUGAAACAGGUGAUCCCACCAAACCAGGGAUUCGGGACCGGUUACUCAGGGUGUUUCCGCUUUAAGUUCUGGCAGUAUGGGCAGUGGGUCGAAGUGAUAGUUGAUGACCGAUUGCCCACCAUUGACAACAAGCUGGCAUUUCUCUACUCCAGGAACAACAAUGAGUUCUGGAGCCCUCUCCUGGAGAAGGCCUAUGCCAAGCUGAAGGGGUGCUAUGAGUCGCUGUACAUCGGUUACCCUCUGGAAGCCAUGGUCGAUCUCACUGGUGGAGCCCCUGAAUCCCUUCAGAUUGACGAGAUGCCCAAGGACCUUUGGAAAUUCUUGAAGAAACUCCUGGACAAAGGCUCCAUAGUUUGCUGUGCAAAGCCGGGUCCAGUGGGAGUAUUAGGUGAACAAGGCAUUGUAACUGGACAUGCGUACUCCGUGACUGGUGUUGACAAGGUUCAACUCAAGACAAGCGGAGUGGAGUUGGUGCGAGUUCGCAACCCGUGGGGGAGAGGGGAGUGGAGCGGUGCCUGGAGCGAUGGGUCUGCAGAGUGGAGCCAGGUCUCAGAACAACACCGUCCCCUGAAGGUACACUUGGAAGAUGGAGAGUUUUGGAUGUCCAUUGAGGACUUCAAGAAACAUUUUUCUUGCGUGGAGAUUUGCCAUUUAAGUCUGGAUCUGCUCUCCAACCCAGAUGGGAAGCUGAAACCCUGGGUCCAAAUGAUCUACGAGGGUCGCUGGAUUCGGGGCUUCUCUGCUGGAGGCAAUUUACACUACAAAGACAAGUACUACUGGAUGAACCCACAGUUUAAACUCACCCUGCUGGAAGAGGACGAUGAUUCAGAGGACGCUGAGGUGAGCUGUACCUUCCUGGUGGUCCUAAUGCAGAAACACAGGCGAAGGAUACAGCUGACGGGAGUCAACUUCCUGUACAUCGGCUUUGACAUCUUCCAGGGAGACCCCGCGAAGGCUUUCCUGACGUUUGAGGACCUGCAGAGGACGGCGCCCUUGCUGUCCACGAAGGAGCACAGAAACACCAGUGAGGUGACGCUACGAGGCCGCCUCCCGCCUGGACAUUACAUCAUCAUCCCGUCCACGGCCAACCCCAACGAGGAGGGUGAAUUCCUUCUACGGGUCUUUACUGAGAAGGGUAACCUAGCCAAACCAGUAGAGAGGAACGUGUCGCCAGCUGAGACUCCACAGGUUCAGCCCGACCUUGUACACUGCCCCCUUCCGCCUGCUGAAGAUUCCAGGGAAUUGUUUAACAAGUACAGUGGGCCGGAUGAGGCAAUAUCAGCACUGGAGUUUCAGAAACUGCUGGCAGAGAUUCUGCAGAAAACGGGUCUCAGUGAGAAGUGGGAUCAGUUUGGACUGGACGCCUGCAGAAGCCUCAUUUCGCUGACAGAUAACCAAGGCUUUGGAAAAAUGCGAUUUGAAGGAUUUAGUCAUCUCUGGACUAAAAUCUGCCAUUGGACACAAGUCUUCAUUCGAUACGAUAAGAAUGGAUCAGGGACCAUGGACAGUCAAGAGAUGUUCGGAGCUCUGCAGGCAGCAGGAUUCCAGAUAGAUGAGUUCUUGAUGCAGCUGAUCGGCCUGAGGUACACCGAUCCUGAUCUCACCAUCAGUUACGUGAACUUCAUUUGUUGCUUGACAAAGCUGGACACCAUGAUCAGGGCUUUCAGAACACUGGACAAGUUUGGAACCGGCGUGGUCAAUAUUGGCUACAAAGAGUGGCUGCAGAUGACCAUGUACAGCUAAGACCCUAUGAACUCUACUGUAGAGCUGGGAUCCUGUGGACCAUCCAUUGGACAUCUAAGACCCUUUGGACCAUCCAACGGACAUCUAAGACCAUGUUGACUAUCCAAUGGACAGCUUAGACACUAUAGUCCAUCCAUUAGACAGCUGAGACCUCGUAGACCAUCCAAUGGACGGCGAAGACUAUGUGGACCGUCCAAUGAAAAGCUGAGACCCCAUGGACUACCCAAUGGACAGCUGAGCCCCUGUGAACCAUCCAAUGGACUGCUAAGACCCUGUGAACCAUCCAGUGUAGAGCUAGGACCUGGUGAAUUAUCCAAUAUAUAGCUGGGAUCCAGUUGACCAUUUUAUGUACAGCUAAGAUCCUAUAAACCAUUCAAUGUCCACCUAAGGUCCUCUUGACCAUUCAAUGUCCACCUAGGGUCCAGUAGACUAUUCAGUGCCUACCUGGGUCAUUUGGACCAUUCAAUGUUCAUCCAGGGUCAUUUGGAACAUUCAAUGUCCAUCCAGGGUCAUGUGGACCAUUCAACGUCCACCUAGACUCAUAAGGACCAUUCAAUGACCAUCCAAGGUCCUGUGGACCAUUCAAUGUAUGGUGAGGAUACCAUUCUCUAUGUACCACUGGGAUUCUACGGACCAGUAGCUCUCUGAAGCAGAUACCCACCGCCUAGUUCUGAGCAGAGAGCCAGUACACAUUCACAGACACAAGCUAUGGACUUUGUAUGGUUCCUUGUAUCUGGCCAUCUCCAUGAUGUACUGUAGGAACGUUAAAAAUAUCUAAAGCAGAGGGAAUGCAUUGAAGGUGAGAGGGGGUAGGUUCAAAGGGGAUGUGAGGGGUAAGUUCUUCACUCAGAGAGUAGUGCUGGUAUGAUGGUAGAGGCAAAUACAUUUGAGGCUUUUAAAAGACCUUUGCACAGGCACAUGAACAUCAGGAGAUGGAGGGAUGCGGACAUUGCGUAGGUGAGAGGGAUUAGUUCUUGGAGAUUUUUGAUUUGCGUUUUAGCUAGUUUGACACAGCAUUGUGGGCUGUUCCCAUGCUGUACUCUUCUAGGUUCUAUCUACAUCAAACCAUACAGGGAAAUGUUGGUGUUACCCAUUCGUGUUUAAGAUCAAGGUGUGCAGGGGGCAGCCACAAGUGUCGCCGCACAUUCUGGCACCAACAUAGCGUGUCCACAAUCCUUGGCAAAGCGAUACAGAGCACAGCAUUCACAAAAAAAACAUAAAUUAAAGUUUAUACAUAGAAUUUAGUAUAGUACAGGCCCUUCGGCCCACAAUGUUAUGCCAACAUUUAAUCUAAUCUAAGAUCAGUCUAACAUAGGGGUUCCCAACCUGGGGUCCAAGGAUCCCUUGUUUAAUGGUGUUGGUCCAUGGCGUAAACAAGGUUGGGAACCCCUGAUUUUUAACACACUCUUCCCUCAUAUUCUUCUAUUUUCCUAUCAUCCAUGUGCCUAUCUAAGAACUUUUUAAAUGCUCCUAGCAAACCCGCCUCCAUCACCACCCCUGACAGUAUCUACCUCUGACAUCCCCCUAUACUAUCCUCCAAUUAUCUUUCAAUUGUGACCCCUGAUAUUAGCCAUUUCUGCCCUGGGGAACAAAAGUGCUGGCUUCCAAUACAAUGGUAUUAACUAUAAUUAAUGAGGAGGAUGCAGGGUGACUUGGAUAGGUUAGGUGAGUGGGCAAAUUCAUGGCAGAUGCAAUUUAAUGUGGAUAAAUGUGAGGUUCUCCACUUUGGUGGCAAAAACAGGAAAACAGAUUAUUAUCUAAAUGGUGGCCGAUUAGGAAAAGGGGAGGUGCAACGAGACCUAGAUGUCAUUAUACACCAGUCAUUGAAAGUGGGCAUGCAGGUACAGCAGGCCGUGAAAAAGGCGAAUGGUAUGCUGGCAUUUAUAGCGAGAGGAUUCGAGUACAGGAGCAGGGAGGUACUACUGCAGUUGUACAAGGCCUUGGUGAGACCACACCUGGAGUAUUGUGUGCAGUUUUGGUCCCCAAAUCUGAGGAAAGACAUUCUUGCCAUAGAGGGAGUACAAAGAAGAUUCACCAGAUUGAUUCCUGGGAUGGCAGGACUUUCAUAAAUGACUGGAUCGACUAGGCUUAUACUUUCUGGAAUUCAGAAGAUUGAGGGGGGAUCUUAUUGAAACGUAUAAAAUUCUAAAGAGAUUGGACAGGCUAGAUGCAGGAAGAUUGUUCCCGAUGUUGGGGAAGUCCAGAACAAGGGGUCACAGUUUAAGGAUAAAGGGGAAGCCUUUUAGGGCCGAAAUGAGGAAAAACUUCUUCACACAGAGAGUGGUGAAUCUGUGGAAUUCUCUGCCACAGGAGACAGUUGAGGCCAGAUCAUUGGCUAUAUUUAAGAGGGAGUUAGAUAUGGCCCUCGUGGCUAAAGGGAUCAGGGGGUAUGGAGGGAAGGCUGGUACAGGGUUGUGAGUUGGAUGAUCAGCCAUGAUCAUACUGAAUGGCGGUGCAGGCUCGAAGGGCUGAAUGGCCUACACCUGCACCUAUUUUCUGUGUUUCUGUAUACAUGAAAUGUAGGGUCCAUCUGCUGUGUGUUCAUAUCACCACUGUAGUAGAGGUGGCUUUGGUGUAUUGGGUUGUUGUGAUGUGAACAAAGGUCAGCAGAGAGACAGCUGAAGCUAGCGGACACAGAAGUGUCUUAUUCAGUAAAAAUGAGCAGCAGGCAUCAUAUUGAGACACUCUUAGAGGAAGAGGCCUCCUGACCCAAUAUUACACAACAUUUUGUAUGAUAAAGAUCAAAGGUAACAGCAGGACAAUUCUUUGGUUGCAAUGUAUCUACAAUACUUCCUUUGAAUUACAUAUAGUUUCACACACCACCACCUUCCCACCCACUCUCCAGACACCCAGAAUGAAUGUUAAUCAGCAUUGUCUGGUUGGUAAUCAACGGCAAUCCACAGCUCCAAGAAAGCAAUUGUUCAGGGCUGCAUUUUAAGUUCAGUCUACUAUCCACAUUGUGGUUGCUGGUGAAAUUAAUAUUUCCUAUAUACCCAAACUCCAGAAUAUGCCCCGAAACCACAACAGAUUGUUUCGAAGAAGGGCGUCAGCCUGAAAGGUUGACUGUUUAUCCCCCUCCAUAGAUGCUGCCUGACCUGCUGAGUUCCCCCAGCAUAUCGUGUGUGGUUCUCUAGUUAUUUUCACUGUUCUUUUUAGGAGCUUACAGUUUGCAAACUGGCUGUUUCCUACAUUCCAACGCUUCAAAAUUAAAAGUAAAUUUUGUCAUCAAAGUACAUAUAUGUCACCAUAUACCAGCCUGAGAUUUGCUGGUAUACCCAAUGACUUGGCCUUCACAGUUAUCUGUCACAAUGCAUUCCACCCUUUGGCGAAAGAAGAUCCUCCUCGUCUCCGUUCUGAAUGGACGUCCCUCUGGUCUGAGACUCCUCCACCAUGGGAAACACCCUCUCCACAUCCACACUAUCGAGGGCUUUCAACAUUCGAUAGGUUUCAAUGAAGUCACUCCUCCUCAUUCUUCACACAAUAGAAUUAAUGAAAACUACACACAAACAACCACUGUGCAAAAAAUGCAAAUACAAAAAAUAAAAAAAAACAAAAUAAUAGUAAAUAAACAAAUAAUGUAUAUUGAGAUCAUGAGUUGUAGAGUCUUUGAAAGUGAGUCCAAAGGGUUGUGGAAUCAGUUCAGUGUUGAGGUGAGUGAAGUUAUCCUCAACGGUUCAGGAGCCUGAUGUUUGCAGGAUAAUAAAUUCAGUAACUUGGCAACACAUCAAAAUUAGUUCACUGAUUAUCAUAUGUUUGGAAUGCAGAACAAUAGAAUUGUAUUUUUUUCUCAAUUCUCUCUCUACAGAAGCUAUAUUCAGGAAAAUAGUGAGAUAUUCACAGUUAUUCGCAUUUAUUUGUGUGUAUUGCUUUGGAUUUGCAAAAGUCUUUUGUUAUUUGCAAUAACAUUUUUGAGUGCUGCUCUUGAACAUAUGAUAAUUGCAUCAAAGAAUCCAAUUCUGAACCUUAAUGGCAAAAGAUUGAUGUUUUCAAAUGUUUCUUGUCUUUGGAAACACUGAUGUAUGUUGCUUGAAUUUCCAGCAUCUGCAGAAUUCCUGUUGUUUGCGUUUAAAUUCUAAGUAAAGAUUUAGGUUUAUUUAUCACGUGUACAUUGAAACAUACAGUGAAAUGCCUCGUUUGUGGUAACAACCAACACACCCAAGGACGUGCUGGGGGCAGCCCGCAAGUGUCGUCACACGUUCUGGCACCGGCGCAGCAUGGCACACCCACAAUGCAAGAGCAAAACAAGGCGUGUUUUCCUCCCUCCCACCCACUG